UGGUGCAUUCGAAGAUGAGUGAAAACAAAAAGGUUGAAAACAAUUUCGAAUCGCAAACCGAGGAGGAGGAUCAGAAGACUGAAUCAAUAAGUAAACCAAGUGAUGAGGAGCUGGACCCCUCCUGGAGCGAGGAAAUGCACCUCAAGGGUGCGGACACGGGAGACGGAGUAGUUGUGUCGCAACUAGUUGAGAGUUUGAAGAAUUUGUACGAUCUAUUUUCACUUAGAAAUUGCACGUUGUAUUAUUGUACGUUUCCUGCUUCUAGCGAACUGCCCAGUAGUGCAACCGUCGACGGUUUGCAACAGUACAAGAUGAGCCACGAAAAGCGCGGAAAGGCCAUCAUUUUCAACCACAAUAGAUUUAAUCCGUACCUGAAUCUUCACACGAGGGAAGGAACCAAAAAGGACGUAGAAAGGCUGGAGCACGUGUUCAACAUGCACUCGUUUGAAGUGACGGUCUACAAUGACUUGAGAGUUUCUAAUCUAUUUACUGCCAUUAAAACAGAGAUUGCCAAUGCCGAUCACUCAAACGCUGACUGUGUGGCAGUGGUGAUUCUAACCCACGGUGUAGACGAAUUCCUUUAUGGAAGUGAUGCAGCAUUCCAACUCAGUACUGUGAUGGAGAUGAUCACACCUGAUAAAUGCCUAUCCCUGGCAGGCAAACCGAAAUUAAUUUUCGUCCAGGCUUCCAAUGGCGAUAAAGUAGAUCACGGCGGUUUCUUUUUUUUUCGUACAAAGCCUAUGAGUGUCAAGAUUCCAAGUUACAAAGAUUUCUUAAUUGCAAAGUCUAGAGCACGAGGUACUUUUUGUAAUAUUAAAUUAGUGAAGGUUUUCCAAUUUUUUUUUCAGGUUACAUUGCCAUGAGGUAUGAGGAAGAAGGCUCUUUGUUGGUAAGGGCGAUAGAAGAAGUACUUUCAAAGGAAAAGAGUUACACCACAAGUUUUUUGACUCUCAUGACAGAAGUUAUUGCUCGCAUGGCUUUGAAGUACCAAAAUCCUGGAGAUUUGAAGCAAGUACCGUCCAUCACGACCACACUGACAAAGGAACUUAUAUUUGUCAAGAAAUAACGGAAAUAACUUUUAAUGCUUGAAAUAUUUUAAUAAAUUUGGCAUGGCAUUUUUGCCAAUGAAUUAUAUACAAAUUACGGUUUUUAUUUAAUUUAAUUUUUAGCAUUUCUUUGUGGGGUUUCGUCAGGAGUUUUAUUAAAUUUUAGUUUUG